ACCCCAGUAUACAUUUCUACUUCCUUUGAGAUAGCUGACCGGAAGUAAAUAAACCUACAGAAUACAUAGAUAGCCAUGCAGGACGGCGAGUUGUUGGUAAUCCAAUUGCUCAAGACAUGUCACACUUGUUAUGAGACAGAAGAGUUUGUGAGUAAAAUUGGAAAAAAGGUUUAUCACCUGGUUUGCUUGCUUCACUACAUCCCAGAACAAAAGUACGUCAUUGCAAAUUCCACCGUUUUCUCAGACCAAGAGAGCAACGUGGGCGAGAAGGUUCAAGUUAUCACUAUUGACGGCGUGGGAAUUGCCAAGCACGGAGCACAUUGUUCCAUCCGGUGUGAUAACGGUGGCCAUGGAAAGUUUUAUUUGCAGCCCUUAAACGGUUACCGUGUUUUUAUUAACAAGGAAAAAAUUAAUGGUCAAAGAAGGCUCAGAUUUGGCGACACAAUUUUCUUUGGAUACAUACCUCAUGGGCCAGGCAUGCAAGGAAGGAGACGGGGACGUAAUGCAGUGCUUGGAUAUCACAACCAUCACAUGACCCUCCUAUUUAAGAAACGACAACUCAUGGAAACUUACAUCUUCCGGAGCACUUACAUCUCUCGGAGCUUAAAAAUACACCGGGGAAAUCCUUACACACCUAAUCCUGUCAUCAUUAAACAUAUUUCUCGUUAUUUAGCCGUCCCAGAUUUAAAAUGUGCGCGUCUCACUUGCAAACUCUGGAACACAGUGGUCGGUCUUAUCUUGAGAAAGCGAACACAUGCAAGUUUUCAUAUUUCUGAAUUUUACAAUGUUCCAACCCAGUCGUUGAGAUUCUUCUCUUAUGUAGCAGAUCGAGUCAACUUACCGAACUUGUACAUAUUUGUUGAGAGCUUUAUCGAUCCAAAAACGGAGACUAGAUUUUUACAAAAUUUUGUAUCCUUUGUUGCCCUCAAGGAACAUAAAUUUACAAAACUUACCCUCCACACCGACAUCAACUUGUGUAAUGGGAAUAUGCUCUUUAAAAUUUUAGAAUUCCUCGCCCCAAACUUAGUCGAGCUCUGUGUAGGUUUAUACCUUAGGUCGGAAGAGAAUGGAGGUAAUGUAACCCUGCCAAUGAUAACUAACCUUCAAUUCCCAUUAUUGAGGCGCCUAGCAAUUUCCGUGUCGUACACAGAUGAUCCACCCAAUGACUCUAAUUAUCCCUUAAUUAAAAGGUGGACCUACGAGUUGAUCUCCGUCCUGGCAUACAAUUCCAACUUGGUGUCGGUGGAGUCACAAGCUGGCCUCAUUUUGCACUCAAUGGUGGCAAUCCCUGUAUCACGAUGGGCUUGCCUAAACGAAAUUAUCCUGUCCGCAGUGGGCGAGGGCGACUUGGAAAUUCUUGCCCGGUGGCCAUACCCCUUGAAGAAAUUGAGUCUGGGUGAACUACUUGGAAUAAUGAAGCCAAUAUCUUACUCCACCUACGACCCACUUCAGCCCGAAGGUGAACUUGCAACCACUUGUAAUAGCGUUAUAGCCAAAUUUAAGGACAUGUUACGGAAAAUGUCUGUAACUUUGGAAGAGUUGCAGUUUAAAUUAGACGCCCCCUUGUCCCGCACGGGUCCAUUUGUAUUUAUCCGAAUCCCCGUAAUGCGGUCAUUAAGGAAAUUAAAUAUUGAAGCUGAUGCAAGGCUUUCGUAUGAGGAUGGCGAGGGAAUUCCUCAAGUAGGCAUCAAGUUCUGCGUGGAAAAUUGUGGCAGUGAGGAAGAAAGAGAUAGUGUCAUUUAUGCAGAGCAGUUCCCAUCUUUGCAGAGUUUAGGACUAAGGCUUAAUUUGGGCAGAGGUACGGCUCCACUGUUGGAACAGUUUUUUCCUCAGAAUUCAGUUAUUUUUAAAUCAUUGGUGCAACUAGAGAUAACCGAUGGAUUAAGGGAUAUUGAGGAUAAACAGUUUCCCAUAAUUAUGGCAAGGGCUGCAGUAAUGUUUCCUAACGUGCAUGCCAAUCUUCUGGAGAGAGUGAGGAUAGAAAAUUGCAUAUAAAUAAUAUGCAGGUCUUGGUUGGUAUUAACCAUUUGAACGUAUUUAUUUAUGUCUUCUAUCCUAAAUAUCUAAUAAUUGUUUAUUAUUACUAUUAGCACAUAAUUAUUAGCUCAUAUUAUGAGUGUAUGGCAGAUUGCACAUAAUGUUCAUACAUAGUGGGGAACCCUCAAGUGUUACUGAGAUGAAGCUCCAUAGACGAUUUCCAUGAGCUAUUGCCGGUGCAAAACAUUUUGUUUUAUUUCAUUGUGUUUUAGCUCAAACACCUGUUCACCUGGAUUAAACAAUUCGAUUUGGUCAGUUUUUUAAAUUUUAAUGACCCCCUCCUUCUAAUGGCAUGAGCGAAAGCACUAUUUUUUCGACAAAAGUUGUCAACUUUCUCCCUCCAUUAUGAGGCAACCAAACGCCCCGUGCUGGAAAACUUCGCAUGAACAUUCCCAAGAGCACACUUUAGGGUCUUUCUGAAACGCUAAGCCCUACCGUCCUCCAUGACCUGAAAAUGUCAUGAGGUCAACUUGCAAAGUUGACUCAUCCAUCACCAUUAUUGAAAUAGCUCUCAUUUCAUUAAUACUGGACAGAUUUUCUUCAUAUUUGGCAAAACCUGAUCUGAGAUUGUGUCCGAGACUGUAUGUCACCCCGAAAUUUUGCAGAUUAUAAGUUUGAAAUUUUACAAGUGAAUGUUAUCCUCAUGCCAAUCUUCGCGUUUCGCAGAUUGAGUAACAUACACAAUUUAAGAAAAAAGUUUGCGAGAUUUUGCGAGACUUGUGUUGUGCGUCUCCAAUA